AUAUAUAAGAUGUACGGAUUACAACAUGGCUCAAGCAUUCAGAAAUUAAUGCAAGUUCCAGUGGUUCAGUAGUACAUUACAAAGUCAUAAUGACAUAGUCGUUAGAUUAUCUGAAAAGUACACAGCCAUCGCAAAAACAAGGUUACACAUGCUGGAGAUUAGUACAUCCUAUGGUAUCAAGAAAGAUGGAAGCUUUGCAUCGAGCCAACUGACCACAAGCCAAAGAAAACAACCUGCGAAAUAAAAGGAGGCAGCACGCUGGAAGAUGCAAGGCAGCGCCGGCAGCUAUGUCGCAUGUUCUGAGAAGAGGAUGAGUAGGAGGCAGCACUGCCGGAAGGUGCAGGGCAGUGCCGGUAGCUAUGUUGGAUGUUCCGAGAAGAGGAGAAGUAGAAGGCAGCACGUUGGAAGAUGCAAGGCAGCGCCGGCAGCUAUGUCGCAUGUUCUGAGAAGAGGAUGGGUAGGAGACAGCACUGCUGGAAGGUGCAGGGCAAUGCCGACAGCUAUGUUGGAUGUUCCGAGAAGAGGAGAAGUAGAAGGCAGCACGCUGGAAGAUGCAAGGCAGCACCGGCAGCUAUGUUGGAUGUUCCGAGAAAAGGAUGAGUAUGAGGCAGCACUGCUAGAAGGAGCAGGGCAUUGUCUACCCCUGUAUCAGAUGUCCCAAGAACAUGGGGGCUAUGGGAAUCAUGCUGCCAUGCGCUAUUGCUAA